AUGGGGGCCGCCCCCCCCCGCCACGAUGCUGCUGGGCAGGAAGCCGGAGGCGCCCCUCGGCGCAGGUUUGGAGAUGGAUUAUAUGACUCCUAUAUGAGGAUAGAUCAGAUUAGGUACCAAGAGUCUACAAAUGAAGAACGCAGCCCCUCAGGACUUCCUUCCCUUGGAAGAUCUAAUGUUUCUAGCAACAAACUCGCCAUGAAGGAUCACCCUCUGACUGGAAGUCAGGUCAAAGUGGAGCAGUUAUUUGAGGACUCUGGCAACAGAAGGAGUAGCACUCUUCAGUCUACAGGAAUUACUGGUUCAGAAAGAUCUCUUCCUUCCCUGACAAAAGAUAAAAUUAUAGAGAGCAUAAGCACUUCUAAAGGUGGUGGUAGUUCCUCAAAAGCACAUAAAGCCAUUUCCCAAGCUCCAGAGCAAGCUGUCAAACAGUACAAACAUCAGUUAUCUGCUUAUGAGCAGCAAGAGAUAUUUAAUUUUUCUGAAAUUUACUUUGUGGGUCCAGCUGCAAAAAAGAGACAAGGAGUUAUUGGUGGUCCCAACAAUGGAGGUUAUGAUGACGACCAAGGCAGCUACAUUCACGUGCCCCAUGACCACCUUGCUUACCGAUAUGAAGUACUCAAAAUCAUUGGCAAGGGCAGUUUUGGACAAGUUGCUAAAGUCUACGACCACAAACUCCACCAACACUUAGCCUUAAAGAUGGUUCGCAAUGAGAAGAGAUUCCAUCGCCAAGCAGCAGAAGAAAUCCGGAUUCUAGAGCAUCUGAAGAAGCAGGAUAAAACAGGCAGUAUGAAUGUUAUUCACAUGCUGGAAAGCUUCACCUUUCGGAACCACAUCUGUAUGACUUUUGAGCUCUUGAGUAUGAACCUAUAUGAGCUGAUUAAAAGAAAUAAGUUUCAGGGCUUCAGUAUCCAACUGGUACGCAAGUUUGCUCACUCUAUACUGCAGUGCUUGGAUGCUCUUUAUAGAAACAAAAUCAUACACUGUGACUUGAAGCCAGAAAAUAUCCUCCUAAAACAGCAAGGGAGGAGUGGAAUCAAGGUUAUAGAUUUUGGGUCCAGCUGUUUCGAGCACCAAAGAGUCUACACAUAUAUUCAGUCUCGAUUUUAUCGGGCGCCAGAGGUAAUUCUGGGAAGUCGCUAUGGUAUGCCCAUAGACAUGUGGAGUUUUGGCUGUAUCCUGGUGGAGCUAUUGACUGGAUACCCUCUUUUUCCUGGAGAGGAUGAGGGAGACCAACUGGCUUGUAUGAUGGAACUUCUUGGAAUGCCACCUCAGAAGCUUUUGGAUCAAUCCAAGCGAGCUAAGAACUUCAUCAACUCUAAGGGUCAUCCUCGCUACUGCACUGUAACUACGCAUGCAGAUGGAAGAGUGACCCUUAAUGGGAGCCGAUCGCGCCGGGGCAAAAUACGAGGCGCUCCAGGGAACAAAGACUGGGUGACGGCCUUGAAAGGCUGCGAUGAUCCCUUCUUUAUAGAGUUCUUAAAAGAAUGUCUCAGCUGGGAUCCUUCCGCACGCAUGACUCCGAGUCAAGCUUUAAGGCACCCUUGGAUUUGUAAACGAACGCCCAAACCAGCCAGCACUGAUAAAACCUCCAAUAAACGGAUUUCUAGCUAUACAAGUUCUUUCACAGGAAUAGGUUCCAAGUUGCCUCCUGUAGUCGGAGUAGCGAACAAGCUGAGGGCUAAUUUAACAUCCGACUCCAAUGGCAGCAUACCUCUAUGUACUGUGCUACCCAAACUGGUCAGCUAAUAGAGCGUUAGUAUUUCCAGAAUACAUACCUUGUAUUUUAAUCGUUUGUUAAUGAUGUGUAAGGAAGUUAAAUGCAGAGGUUUUUAAUGGAUUUACUUUUUAUUAGAGGCUAAAUCUUAAUUAUAAGAAGUUCGGUCAAAAUGUACACAUUUAAAGGGCUAACUUUUAUCCAAUUGUUUCACUCACAGUGUGGUGCAUAUUACAUUACUGGGUAGGUCAGCUCAGCUGUUGAGCAAAAUGACAGUUUGGCAGACGUGCUCUUUAAUAACGCUGUUUUAGAAAUCAGACUAUUUCUUAUCAGGACGGUUUAACAGAUUCUUUUGCUUAAGACAGCAAGGGCAAUUCAUUUAAAAUACGUAUUUUCAGUUAAUCUCCAACUGAACUCUUUUUAUUCUGGGGAGAGUUUUUACAUCUAUUGUCAAAAGCACAAAUGUGUUAAUGUAAUGCAUUAGGAACUUACUUGCAAAUUGCUAACUUAUGUUUGAAGAAUUUUAUUUCUCUGCGCUGCUCUUCCCUUAUCUAUCCUAACUGAGAUUUUUAAGAAUACCAUGGGGUGUAGACACCAAAGGAAUUUGGUGUUGAAAUUCUAUCGUCUGAAUUUACUAUGUUUUUUUUCCAAAAGAGAGUAGAAAUGCCAUGGAACACAGGUUAUAGCUCAAUAAAACUACUAAGUUCUGUUCACUUGCUAUUUCCCUUAAAAGUCUAUGGAAAGCUGAUAGAGGAAUUCAAGAUCAGGACUGGCCCAUCACAAGUGUGGGCCAGUUUGUCCAGGGCUAAUGAGUCAAUUACAUGUUUCUUUGGAGCUCAAAUUUAAAUAAUCAGUUCUGCCAGAUGUGUGUGUGUGUUUGUUUUCCUGUGUUGUUCCCAAAACAAAAAUGUUGAACUUAAAGAACUGGUUUAUAUACAUGUUUGAGAUUCUGGUAAUUUAAAACAUUUCUUUUUUUGUGUGUGUAGAGUGAAUUCCAUUGAAUUACAUGGAGCUCUUUUAAUAAAAAGCAAACAUGCCACCCCUAUCAGACAAGUAAAAGUUUUUAAGGCCCAGGACUGUAACUAGAAGAUGGGGGGGGAGGGAGGCGGCACGCCUAAUAAUUGGAAGCGUGCUCUAAAAUCUAAACAUCAUCUGUGAAAUAUCAGGAAAGGCUGAUAAGGUGCAAGAACUGGUGGAUCCAAAUCACAAUACUUUAUGGCAAGAAUUGCUCUAUUUCUAAUAGUAUUCCUGCAGGUCUUUGAGAGAGAGAUGCCUACGUUUUCUCAUUCUUGAAAUAUAUGAGCUUGUAUUUCCUCUUCCUUUAUCUUCCAAGAACAUGAAAAGGUGGUGUGACCGGUAACAACAACAGCACAACUCGUUCGGGUUGUUACUUCUUGCAGCCACAUGGCCCAAGUCCAUUUACAAAACCAUCUGAUCUCUUGCCAGGUGCCUGAACACAAUUUUAAAUACAAUUUAGAGCUUUUAUGAACAGAAGGUUUUAAAUUUAAUGAGUUUCUCUGUAACAGGUUUUUAAGUUAAAACAAGGAGACUCUCAGGAAUUAUCAGGGUGAUUUUUAAGAUAAGGUGACCAUACGUUCAAUAGGAGACCCUCCCUCUGAAAAGAUGGGGCUGCACUUUCUCCUCUGCUCUGUUUAAUGUCAGCACUGUGAAAUGCUGGGUGGAGGCUUGUAUAAAAAGUCAUAAAGACAGAGCCAAAGCUCCAGACUUUCCAGGACUGUUGUUCAAACUGAGGUUCUCCUGUACUUGGCUUUUCUGAGUUCUUUUGUUUUACAAGUGUAAAGUCAAUAAGCUUAGCAAUAAUAUUAAAAUAACAGUCUAGCCUUUAUCCGUGCAGCUACAAGUAAUACCAGCGUGUAUGGUAUGUCCACGGUUCACUUCGUAAUAAUGCAUGGCUGGUAUUUUUUGUUUGGCUCAGCUGAGUGAAGUUCUAUUUGAAUGGAGAAGGAGGGAAGUGGAUUUUUGGGGGAAGUGGCAGAAGUCACCAUUGAUUUUAGUAGAAUCUCUAAUAGAUGUGGCACAUUUUCAGAAACCAGAAACAUUCUUCUUCCUCUGCCCUUUACCCUAUUCAUUUUUUUACAAAAUACACCUGGUGAGUGAGGAGAAAGGAACCUUUCAGGAGCAACAGCUUGUUAGGGAAGAUGCAUAGGAAAGCACUUUCUAUAGAGACUGUUAAGUGAUGGUAGUGUCUGGAGCCUGGCAGGAGACAGUAGAGUGUUGGUGUGCUCGGAGCUGUACAAACAGGCCUUCUCUUAGGAACACAGAGCGCUGUCUUGGUUCUAAACCAUUUUCUUCUAUAAAAUGCCAAAUGUAGAGUAAUCAUUCUGUGAUUCUGGGCACUGGUUACUAUGAGGUAACUUCUAAUGUAGCAGCCUCUGGUGUACACACAGGAAUCUCACUUAAGGCUGGUGCUGUAAAACUGCAGAUAAUUAGCUGGCAAGAGCAUUGCUUUUUAUCUAGAAAAUGUGUUUGGCAUGACCUGACUGCACAAGGUGCCCGUUAUUAGUUGUGUAUGUUUAAGACUGGCUCUUGCUUACUUGGGACUACUAUAUUUUAAAAUACCAAGUGCAUAGUUAAUCUUGCUAAUUUGGGGCUCUCAUCUAUAUAGCUGUAGUAGGUGAGAAGGAAAAGGAAGCAGCCUCAGAAGAUUUUUACUAUAUUGAAAAGGACUUCUUCAUAACCCAGGGAAUACAGCUGAGAAUAUUUUGGUGGUGUUUCCAAUUACUAAGCCCCAUUUUCUUUAUAAAAUGUUUGCUUUCAGUGAAUAGUGUGACCCAGUAUUCCCAAACUGGGAGCACCCUCUGAGUGAGCUAAUAGAUCUCCUAUCUGGGAGAGAGCUGAGGUAUCGUCCCUGCAAAUGCUUGACUUGUCGAGCUCCCUGUGAAUUAGCACAGGAGCUGCCCACAGCCACGCGUGGAGGCUUGGACCACGGGCUGCGUUGCUGGACGGUGUCGUUCAUAAAGGGGGGGUCACGCUCGCGGUGGCUGCCUCCACUGAGAUAUGGUCGAAUCCCAAGUUCACACUUGGUUCUCUGGAAAGCUAAACACCAGUGAGGUCUGAAAUCGCCAGAAGUCCGUCAUUGUCAUUAGUUGUGAUACUGGUUAGAAUGUUAAAAAGUAGUAUAAAACUAAACUUGUCUAAAUAGAUUAACAGAACAGCUUUUAUUUUUGUGGUGACUCUGCUUUGCAAGUUUAUUAAUCUGCCACCACUAGUGAGGUUCCACUGGAGCUUAAAUCACGUUCUUCUAGCAGGUUAGCACAAAACAAAUGCAAAUUACUUGGGUUUACAGCAAAGCAGACAUCAUAUUUGUAAAAGUCACUUAAGCUUGUUUUAAAAUGUUCCUUACAAGGUUCCCUCUGAUUUACUACACUGUUCGUCUCUGUAUUGUAAAUAAUAUGCUCUGUUUAUUAUCUGCAUUUUUAGCUCUUUGGUUUAGCAAUAUUUUGUGUAAACCAAUGACAAGGCAUGAGCAUCACAUCCAACAGAUACACAUUGCUUUUACACGGGGGUCCAAAUACUAUCUGCCUGUCCAAGUUGCAGGGAGAAACUUGUUUUUAUUUGAACUCAGUGGGACAGUGAAGUAUUCUUCCCUGCGGAACACAGUACCGCAGACAGACACCCACCCAGGCUGCGUUGAGGUCUUUGCAGGUUUGAUCUUACUAACGCCAGCUGCUGAAUGUGAAGCUUGUUUCACAACAGUGACCUGAUUAUAGAGAUCUUCUGCGUACGACAGUUACUCCUCACUAGAGUUUUUUAUUCUUCCCAUCAGCUUGAUUAGGGACUGUAGUUGUCUGCUGACCUAAGAAUUCAGAACAGACUAACUGGAAAGCUUUAAGGUGACUUUUGGGGAAGAGUGGGUGUGUUGCUCAGUCUGAAGCUGUUUACAACCGUUGUGACCUGUGAGGACUUUCAUGUAGUUGAAAACUUUUUAAGCAGCAAUUUAUCUGUAGAAGUUCUUUGCAAUGGUCGUCCUCUUUAAAACUACCUCCAAAAUAAACCUAGGGUCCUUUAUAAAGGGAUAUUCACUGCAGACUACAGCUCUUCGUUUUUUUUCUUGUUUAAUACUAAUAGCUGUUUUGGCUGUGAAACAUACACAUGAUGAUCUCAGCAAUGUCUUACUAAUCCUGGCCAUACAAGCAAAAGGCUGAUUCUGCACCCAGAGGUCCCUGCUGAAAUGAUCGAUACAAAUCCCCUGCCUGCCAGAGUUUCAUCCUGUUGUGGAAGUGGAGAGCCAAAAUAAUAUGGAAAGAUCUGCGGUACUUCUCGGCGGUACCCAGCUGAGAUUCAAAACUGUGCUGAAAGACUCUUCCUUAAUGAAAAAACCUGCAGCUUUUGCAUGUGUCGGGCACUCGGAGCUGUGGGUACCUAGCAGUUCUGACAACUGGACAUCGUGUUUUUGUACUUAGUGCUUAUCACAGAUACCACUUGAUUUUUUUAUUAUUAUUAUUAAUUUGAUAAGGGUUUGGGGAAAUGUAUACACUUCAUACGUCGCAUAAAAGAGCCCUUAUGUGUUCUAAAACUCUGCUGAUACCUUACCGUUUUUAACUCCCACGGUAACAUGUAAAAUCCUUGGGUCGCCAGAGCAGUCUUGGAUAGGUGGGCAUCGUCCCUGCGCUCAGAGGGUGCAGUGACGUUAAUCCAAACACAGUUCGCGCAGACGAGCUAACUAGGUCAGGCAGUCUGCCUCGCUGAAAGAAUAACCAGUGUUCCCUAUCCAUAGUACUGUGCCUUAUUAUUUUACCAGCCUACAUCUGUCUCGGUGCAAUCAAUUUACUAUUCAGGGUUUCUUACACAUUGCAGAUGUUCGUACUAAGUGUCAGUGUCUAAAGAAUUUACAGGUUAGCCUUUUUAUUAUCAAUAUUGUGAUGAGAUGUAAGAUGGUGGAGAAUGUAGAAAACAUUUAAGGUGCAUGUGAAUAUAACUCUCUGUGAAGGAACACUUUGGAAAUAAGUCAGUCUCAAACUAUGUAUCCAAAUGUAAUGAACAGAUAUUUCCUAAAGUUGUAUUUCGGUUCAUUUUUAAAAGAAAAUAAAUACGUACUUUUCUUUAGCAACA